CUCCUUCCGCCGCGGAUGUCAUUGUCAGAACAUACACAGUUCUCACCAGACAGAGGAACAGACCGCCUGCAACAGAUCACCACGCCGCUACAACUGGCAGAAUUACAAAACUGACAAUUAUCAACCAUGUCUGACACUGUGGCUCCGAUGCUCUCUGUGUUCCCCAGUCGGGCUCUGGUCGAUGAGAAUUUCAAGGUGGUGGUGAAGAAUCUGCCUCCGGGAUGUCCAGUGACACUUCACUCCCUCCACCAGUGUGAGGACAAGCACUACUGGGAGGCCUACGGCCACUACACCAGUAAUCACAGAGGAACCGUGUCUGUUACAGAUGAUUUGAGUUUUGGGGGAACGUACACAGGAAAAGAAGCCAUGGGUUUGUUGUGGAGUAUGCGUCCCGUCCCAGGCAGCCGUGAAGGCCUCAGGUUGAGGAGGAGGAACGUCUGCAGCCCCCUGCUGGUCAACAUCUCCGUCUACAGGGGACAUGUAGUGGAGGGCUUCAGGGAGCAGGCUCCUCUGGCCUCGUCGCUCACAGAGAGAUGGUACAUGGCUCCAGGGGUCCAGAGGACCCAAAUCAGAGAGAAGGGAGUGCGAGGGACUCUGUUUCUACCUCCAGGUCCAGGUCCCUUCCCCGGCAUGUUGGAUAUGUGGGGGGGCGGUGGAGGGCUGGUGGAGUAUCGUUCAGCCUUGCUGGGGUCUCAUGGUUAUGCUUCUUUGGCGCUGGAGUAUUUUGCCCCUGGGGAGCUGAAGUCAGCAGACUUAGAGUUCAACUAUUUUGAAACAGCAUUUAAUAUCGUGAAAUACCAUCCUCAAGUGAUGCCGGACAGAGUUGGAAUUUUUGGUCUUUCCAUCGGCGCCGUUUUGACCAUUCUGUUGGCAGCGGAGAGCAGCUUUGUCAAGCCUUCCUGUUGUGUUUGUAUCAGCGGCAACCACCUUUAUCCACGGGGGGCGACCAUCAAAGAAGUCCAUCAAGUAUUGAACAUGAAAUCUCCCAAGAUACGCCUGGAUGAGAACAACUAUGAGAUAUGGCGAGAUAUGGGUCUACCGAUUCCUGAUGAUCUUGCACACAAAAUAGACGUGGGGAGAAUACACUGUCCAAUUAUGUUGGUGAACGGCCAUGAUGAUCAGAGCUGGGCCACAGUGGAGUCUUCUGACGAUAUGGCCCAGAUGAUGCGUGCAGCAGGGAACCUGCACCUGCUGACCAGACUUCACUACCCUGAUGCUGGACAUCUGAUUGAGCCGCCAUACACACCUCUCUUCAGAGCUACUAAGUUUGUAAAGGACACAAAAGAGAAAGUGAUAUUGCUGUGGGGAGGACAGACCAAACCCCAUUCAGAUGCUCAGGAAGACUCCUGGAAGAAGAUCUUGGCUUUUCUGGAGCAGAAUCUGUACUCCAGCCCAACUCUCAAAGCCAAGAUGUGAAUGACUACACAAGCACAGAUCGCCAACGUAUCACUGCUGGAACACAGAGUGUUGUGUGACCGGGCCAUGUUAGUACAUUAACACUACUGUUCAUUGGUUCCUCACUGUGUUGACCACGUGCCUUUCUUCUGAUAGCUGAGGUUGUUCGUUUUGUUCAAAUAGUGCCUCUUCCUUCUGAGCAAUACAUUUUAGUUUAAUUAUCUGCAAGCCUCAACCUUCGACAGUAAUAUAAAUGUAAGUUAUUGUAUGUUUUGUAUGUUUGGAUAACAAUUUUUAUUAUAUAUUAAUAAUAUUAUUAAAGUGUUCA